CAUUUUCCGAAAACCGGCGCAUCCGCUAGUCCCCGCGGAAUUUUCCGCUGUACCCCACUUCAUCACCGAAAAUUCCAGUCCGUGAAAAGAAACGCGUCUGUUUCCCAGGCUGUAGCCGCCGCCGUCGUCGCGGAGAAUUCCAUAAACACGGGAAACGCGCUGCAGCAGACGGAGAUUCCAUCCUGCUCCGAAAAAACGGAUUCCAUUCUCCGCGAAUUUCUCCCGGCGGCAUAUACACCUGUCCUCGUUCUCACGGGAGAGCAUCGUGCGCAUCGUCGGCUACUAAUUGAAUUUUCCCUCAUACGGUGCAGUCGCGAGAGCGACGACGUCCUAGAUAGUAGAUAGACACAGACGGAGCGAGCGAAGAGGAGAGAGACGACGAGACGAGAGGCGAGUCGUCGCAUCUGCCGAAAAUCGACCCGACUAGUCCAGUUCAUCAUUUCGCGCCGCGAGCCUGUGCUGUGUGAGUGUAAACACGCACUGCACGUAUAACAUCCUACGGUCCUCGUCGCUCCGGUUGCGAGGCUCCAAGGGGUCUUCGCGUGUGAGUACCGAGUCCGCCGCCGCGUCAGUGCGCUACGGGCUGCCUCCACGAGUCUACGGGCGUGUACUUGACUUCCGCGCGCGCAGAUUUUCGAUACACCGUGUCAUCCUGCGCGCUGAUGCAGACGAGUAAAUAAAACAGUGGAAUUACAGUUUAUACGCGGAGCGUCCUCGUGUGUGCAGUGCGCGACAUGGCGUGGAGAAGUGGCCCUACGUCGGUGCGUUAUUCGAGCAGCGAGUGCAGCAGUGACGUCGAAUUGGCACAGCGGAGCAGCUUCUGAAUGACGAGUGAGCCCGUCGCCGCCGCCCUGGGCCCGAUGCUCGACUAGUCGACCCGGGGAAAGCCUGCAGCCGUGCGGGCAGUGCCGCAAAAUGUCUACGAGAUCGCAGCUAACCAAGGAUCUCAACGAGUCAGUAAAGUCACUGUUAGGAAAACAUGUUAAGAUAUUGCUGAAGAACGUAGUGAAGCUAGAGACUAAGCCAGAUAAACUUGAAAAUCGGGUAUUAGUAUUUUCACCAUGUCGACUUUUUCUUUUAACGGCAAAAGUACCCACGAGAAUCGACUGUCAUUUCCAUUAUUUGGAAAUAACAUCAGUCGAAUCCAAGAGAGCCAACCAACUGUCCUUAACAGUUGGGGAAAGAGUUUACAAUUUUGUAACUAUGGGAUUAGGCAGCGUCGAUACCUCAGAGGUAGAUGCUAUGAUAGAAGCGCUUCACACUGCUAUCCGAAACAUAUUUCCAACAGUACCUUUGAAUUACAUAAUCAGAAAAAUCGAUGUGAUACCAGUCAGCAGAUUGCAAAGCAUACGAGGUAGCGAUUUAGCUAGAAGUACAGAGGCAACUAGACAUACGGGUCCUUGUGGAGGUUUUUCCACUCAAUAUGCCUGCAUGUGUGAUUUGCAUAGUGUACCUUAUAGAGAGGAAGUUGCUUGGGAUGUUGAUACCAUAUACUUAUCUCACGAUACAAGAGAAUUAGAUCUAAGAGAUUUUGAUCAUCUUGAUCAAAAGGACUUGGUUCCAAUUAUAUCAGCCCUGGAAUACAAUACAUGGUUUACCAAACUACGCAUUUCUCACCUUAAACUUAGUCAUGAACCUUUGGACAGAUUGUUACAUGUCUUAAAAAGAUCUCUUUCUAUUCAAGAAAUUUACUUAGAUAAUAUUGGAGCUAAAUGGGAUUUUGCACACAAACUUUCUUUAGCAUUAAUUGCAAAUACCAAUGCUGUGCUACACACCAUAGAUUUAUCCAGUAAUACCAUUGAAGAUAAAGGAGCUACAAGUUUAUGUGGGGCGAUUGCUAAGCUAACUCAAGUUGCCCCAAAUACUAAACCAAUGUCUUUUAUGCGGUUGCACCAAUCUUUGUCACCCUCAGGAGCUGCACAUACGACCGGACCCUUGGGCAAAUUACCAAAAGGCUUGCAAAAGUUAAACUUAUCGAGGUGCGGUCUAACAGGCAAAGGCGUUGGUCAAAUAGCACAUGCUUUGAGUUUAAAUCGAAGUAUGCCUACAAGUCUACAAUUCUUAAAUCUCGCCGAAAAUACUUUGAAAGAUGACAUCAAUAAUUUGUGCAGUUUCUUAGCUCAACCUAAUGGAAUAACCCAUUUAGAUCUUAGUGGAACUGAUACAACUUUAGAAUGCCUUUUUGGUGCUUUAUUGCGGGGUUGCGCAACAAAUCUAGUCCACUUGAACGUCGCUCGUAAUUCGUUCUCGAGCAAGAAAACCAAAGAAAUUCCACCAAGCUUCAAGCAAUUCUUCACAGCCACCCUCUCCCUUAAGUACUUAAACAUCUCGUUCUGCAAGCUGCCUCUCGAGGCACUCAAGCACCUGCUGCUCGGUUUGGCCUGCAACGAGAGCACAGUAGGUCUCGAACUCGACAUGAGCGGCAACAAUCUGGGCUCGAUGGGCGCCCAUGUGCUUGAGUCCUGCAUCCACGGCGUUAGAUGCAUCGCCUCCCUCGACAUUUCAGACAGCAAUAUGGACGUAGAUUUAGCACAAGUGAUCACUGCCAUUGGUAAGAACAAGUCCAUCAAGAACCUCUAUAUGGGCCGUAACACUUUAGGUAUGAAGAGUAAGCAUAUUGCUGUCGUAAUGGACUCGCUUGUUCAGAUGUUGCAAGAGGAAGACUGUGUGCUUCAAGCGUUACAUCUCCCUGACUCACGGCUCAAAGGCGACUUGUACAAUCUUAUCAAUGCCCUUGGUAGCAAUGCUUGUUUGCGAACUUUAGAUAUCAGCGGAAAUCAGAUUGGUGACCCAGGUGCAAGACUACUUGCCAAAGCUCUGCAAAUAAAUAAUCAUCUAAAGACAAUUAUUUACGAUAGAAACAAUAUCAGUCUACAGGGUUAUGCAGAUAUCGUACACGCUUUAGAAAGAAAUUACAGCGUCAGACAUAUGCCAUGUCCAAUAUACGACCUACAGCCUUGCAUGAAAGCUUCAGCUGAAAAAACAGAGCAACUGACCAAGAAAAUACAAGACUUACUACAGCGCAAUGUUGCACCUUGUAGAAAUAGUCACGGUCAAGCCUUUCGUUUGCAGCAAGGCUUUUUACUUAGCUCGACACAGCACAUGGUUGAUCGUCUUGUUGUUCAAACGCAGGACACAAUCAAGGCUCUGGCUGCAGAAAUCUGCACCGCCAAUGAAGAUAUCAACUAUGCAACUGGACUGAUUCAAGAUGCGGACAAUUCAAAGCAGUUACUGCCGCGUCUGCAUGAGGUACUGCAGAGGCGAGAUGAAAACAAUCCCGUCGAAGCUAAACUCACUGAAACUGCAAAUCAACUUCACAAGGUCGUCGCGAAUUAUUUGCAGGAUUCUCUUGAGGCAAUGCUCAAAUGCGCUAAUGAACAGUGUCCUACAAUUCUCGAGCAAACUGUUAUUAAUAGAGAUGACGAUUACGAUGAGAAUGAAUCUUUAACUUUGGAAGAGCAUCUUCGUGGAUCUUGCAAAGAAAAAAAUAAGCUGUCUUUAGAUUUUAUACAGAGCACAAUAUCCGAACAAGCUGGAGCAGACAUAAUAAAUAGAGUAAAUGAACUAAAUCUAGCAGUAGCAGCGCACAUCUCGGAUCGCAUAACCGACCAAGUGAUCGAGUCCCUCUCCACGAGUUAUAAGUCGUUGAUCGGCGAGUGUGAGAUUCGCACGCGCAGCAGUACUCCAGACGUUCUGCGGCCGAGCGCUGGCUCCACGAGCAGUGGCGGCGGCAGCGUUAUCGGUGUAGGGACGGGUGGUAUGUCGCUCAGCAUUUCAGCUGGUACGCCAGUUGUCGAAAGAACAAGUCUUGUUAUGGACGAGGAUGAAGACCGCCAGUCCAACGGUCGAGACAACACGAACAGUGAAAACGAUAAAAAUCACGCGUUAUUAGGCAAAGCCAUGGGUCGGCUAUCCAACGAAGAUGAUUCACCUAUGUUGGAUUACUUGAAUCUCGCGACGCCACAUUUGUCUAAUAAGCGAAAGAGCUUACAUGGGAGAAAGUUGCGGCCUAAAUCAGUUGUUGAUUCCGUAGAAGGUUUGUCUGCCGAUGAUAUUCCAGACCUUUUGCCAUCCUCUUCGUCUUUACCAAAAGGCCAACAAGCAGAAGGAGCAUCCGAGAACGAGCAUUCGCUAACUGAAUCGUUGGACUCUGUUUCGGAACUACCGGCGACUUCUGGGCCCGGACAACAACUGCAGCAUUUGGUGAAGUCAAGACCGAAGCGAGCUAAAACCAGAGCUCCGACAAGGCCAAUGCUGAAACCCGAUCAACCUCAGUCCAUCGACGGAAUAACUCUUGGAGAAGGCCUAGACGUUUUCUUUAGGCCCACAACACCUACAACGCCUAUCGUUGGAUCGCCGACGAGCGAUGACAGUUCAUUGAAUACAUUCCCGACAACGGCAACUGCAAGCCAAGACGGCGGAAGCCCGAGUUUAUCCGUAGCUAGUCAGAAGAGCGAGGCGAACAAAAAAAGUGCACCUGGUGCGCAAGUCAUGAAAACCCUACACGCAGAACAGUCGCCACGUUCACGAUCCAGUGAUGAUGUAGCCAAGUUUUCACCGCUAGUUGGUCGUAGAUCACACGGUGAUUCACCGCUUACAGCGUCACCACUUGCUCGUCGUAACACCGUCGACAGCUCUAGAUCUAGUAUCGAUAAAGAUGGAGCUGCUGAAGAUGCACCGGGCCAACCAUCCACCCCCGGCAGUGAAAAUAACAAAGAACAUCAAAACAGUGAUACAAGUGAGAGCAGUGGUAAAAGCGUCAUGUCGUCUGUCCGAAAAUUCUCUGCUGGUAAUCAUGGUCACACCAGCCCGACAAAUGGCAGCGUUGCAAAGAAAAACUACAUUCUAGAAACAGCCAAAUCGCCAGUACUCCGCUCAUUAACGACCAAAAACAAUCAGCAACAACAUGGUGAUCGAAGAUCGCCUCCUACUACUGCCCCCAAGCCGAGACCCUGGAGUAUGGCUACCGAUAGAAAAUCUGGCGAAUUCAAUCAACUGUUAAGCGACGGCUCAAGUCCGAACACUUCGGCAGGUAACACGCCCGACUCGGGUGAUGCGCUGGACGAAUCGACCGACAGCGGUGUCUGCGGUCCGGCCUCGCUACCGCCGAGUCUCACGGCUAGCUGCAUCGUUGGUGGUUCCUUGGGCACCAGCGGCGUAGAAAAACGAUCGGUCAGAGAACUGGCGGCCAGCCUUUCGAAAGGCGGUGCCUCCAAUCAACCGAAGGCGGAUAAGAAGGAAAACGAGCAUUCCGCAGCAUGGAGGUCAGUUCUGCGACGAUACGUUGAACCCCCGGCACCUGUACAACCAACUUCUGUUAAGGCACCGGAAGCACAGAGAGAGACUGAGCCUAACCGCCGACUGGCUUUCAAACUCCGACGCACCUCGUUUCUUCGCGAUUCAAAUUUCAAUUACGAUAAUGACACGGUUGACGUGUAGAGAAAAAGAAAGAAAAAAAAUUUUAAAAGAUUGUGAUUACAAUCUUUACUCUACCUAUAGUGAUAGGCACACCGCAAACCGCAUACUAUAAUUAUGAAUUUUUUAAAAGCCAAUACUAGGAUUUAUAAAUUUUUAUUGUAAUAUAAUCGUAGUUUAAAUUUAAUUUGUUAGAAUGUGAAUCUCUUGCGUAAAAGUAUUUAAAAACUUAAAAAGUACAACAUACAUGCGCAAUUAUUACGAUGUAAGCCCAAUGUAUGUCAAUAUCUGCAUUAAAAAAAAAAAAUAUUAAAAAGAUUUAUUCAUUUAAAAUUAGUUUCAAAAAUUGUCUGCAGAGAUUAAACACCUACAGUGCAAAUUAAUAGAAAUUCUAUAAACCAGUAUUGGCUUUAAUAAAGAUAGCGUAGGACAAUUUUUGAACAAAACCAACAUUGAAGAAGUUAUUGUUCUGCAUAAAUUGCCCAGCUGUAACAGCUGUUUGGUGCAAAAAUAUUAGGCAUAAAUUUACGAUAAUCGAAAGUAAUACUCGAACACAUAAAUUACAUAAUAUUUUCUCUUGAUUUUUCUUUCUUUUUCUCUUUCUUGACGCUUGCUUUUUAAGCAUAAAAACGCAGCAGAAUUUUUUCACAACGAAAGCGAUGAAACAAGAGUCAAAACACAACAAACAACUUUCUAUAAUUUUUUUAUACUUGCAUCAACUAUAUUCCGAAAAAUAUUAGGCACUCCUUUGUAGUGGUUGUGCUUAAAAAAGACCACGUGUAUGUGAAGGGCCAGCAUUUUUAAGUGCCUGCUGUUUAGUUCCGGUAAACGUCGAUCUGAAUUAAGCUUCUGUCAUUGCAUAGAUUCAGACUUUGUUUAUCACGGGCAGGGUACUUAACCCUAUGUUAUUUGCACUACCUCAUAUCAUCUUCCAUUACUCUCGCUCGCUUAAGUUUUAAUUUUAUCAUCAUGAUUGAAAAUGCAACUGCGUUUUUAAUAAGUCAAAUAAAAAAAAAUGAAUGUUUCAAUGAUGGAUUGCUAUGUUUUUGAAUGAUGAUCUCAUAAACUACAUACAUUUUUACAACUGAUGCACAAUGUAUGAUAUACAAUUAUAACUUUAGAUUUUUCCAAUAAUUGAGGUUUUUAAGAUUUUGACUAAAUAGAUAUGUAUACAACUAUUAAUCAAGUUAACAAUUUGUAAAAUGACAAUGUACGAUAAAAUUAUCAUUUUACUUGUUGCGUAACUUCGACGAAAACAGAAUUUUAUAAACUGUCUUUCACAUUUACAAAUUACUGUCUGAAUGAAUAUCACGUAUUUAAAUUUUUACAAUUUUCAAGCUACUUUACAGCUUGACGAAAGGGAUUGACAAUUUUGUAAAAUUUUUGAUACAGUUAGCUUAAGUUUUUUGAUUUAUUAAAAACAAGAUACGUUUUCAAUCAGCAGCUACCUGAACUUUAAAUAUUUUUACAUCAUGCAAACUUCCAAAAAUAACUGUCAACUUUUAAUCCGCAAAACUAUAUACGAGUGAUUGAUAAUUGAGAGCGCGAGUAACGAAGAAUCAAUAAUUAUAUAUUAUAUAUUCAGGGAUAGGUAGCUCUAUUAUUUUAGUAGUUGUAUACUAGAAUAAAAAUAUUAAAACGUAUGAUUCCAGCUCGGUGCUCGUCUUAGUGACACACCAGCGUGCUCCAAUUUUGCUCUAAGCGUCUAAGCCUGUUUUGAUGAUUUUAUUAAUACUUCCGUUUUAUUAUAUUAUAUUAUUAUCAUGAUUAUUAUUAUUAUCAUUAUGCACGCAAGUGCCAAUACGCGGAUAUUUGUUUUUUAUUAUUAUUAUAUAUUGUAACCUAAUGAUUUGUGCGCGCAUUCGCGCACAUGUAAAUAAACGUGUGUAUAAGCGAAUUAUUUAAGGUAGACAAUGAAGAAUAUAUAAUUAUACCUUGUAUUUCUACAAGCGCCUAGUUAUAUACAUAAUAAUAUGGAAAGAGCUGUGAAACGUGCAUGGAAGGAAUAGAUAUCGUAAUUUUUGCUAAUUUUAUGCUGCUCAAAUUCUAGAAAUGUGCUAUAUUAAAAUUAACAAUGACAAAUGGUGUAAUGUAACUAUAAAUUUUGUGCAUUGUGGAAAUUAAAUUAUGCUAUUGGAUAUUGAUUGAUUCUGUAACGAGGUUUGAUUAGAAUCAAAAAAUUGAAAAUCAAAAUUGCGAUAAUACCCGCAUGCAAUCUAAGUAAUAUCAAGUUUGUAUACUUUUUAUAUGAAUAAGUAGUUUCGAUUAGCUGUUUUUACUAAUAAUGAUUGCAUUAAUUUUAAAAAAAAUUUUGAUCAUUGAUGCCACGAAAAUUACGGUAUCAUUUGUUCGAUGUACAAUCGGAAAAAGAGAAGCGAUUUUGCAAUAAGAACGUAAUCUCAUCAAUUACCCUAAAGUCAUUUCUAUUAAUCAGAAGACUCGAUGGAUCGCAUGAGUGCUCACUUGAAGUUCCGAAUAUUUUUUUUUUUUUAUGUAACCAUACAAAUUUAUGAUUUUCAAUAUACUUUUUGUCAUUUGAAAAAUUAUGAUACUUUGUCAAAUAAUUUCCAAUACUCUAUUUAGUAUUUACAUUGAUCAGAAGCACUGGUAGAAUGUCAUUUUUUAGAUCGUAGUUAUUAUUGUAUACAAGUAUUUUAGAAGUAUUUAUUAACGUGUUUCGGUCAAGAUAAAAUACUGAAAUGAGAAUUGAAAAUUAUCGAAAACAUAUUACUUACACUUUUGCAAUAACUUUAACAUCCGCAAAAAAAAAUAAAAUAUAAAUAUUGGAAAUCAUAAGUAUGUACAUCAUUAUGAACAAUUAUGACUAUUGGGCCAGUAACAAUUGAUCUUUUGAACAAAUAGUUAAAAUCAUGUUACAUAAAUAGAUCGAAUCUCAAAACUGCGUGUGCCAAAUUGAAGUGGAAAAACUAGCUGAGAAUAAAACACGCUAGCGUCAUUGAGGAAUGCCCUGGUUAAAACAAAAAAAAAUGAAAAAUGAAAUUAUGUAGAAGUACUCAAAAUUUAUGAAUCUCUCUACUUUAUAAAUUACGAGGCACCAGUCUGUUUUUUACUGUAUAUAAAAUAAUUGGAUUCUAGCUUAUAUAAGUGUGUGUUUUUUACUGCAGAAAAAAAUGACACUCGAAAACAAUGUAAUUGCAAUUUUAAGCGUAUUGGCUUUUAUAAUAUUCGACCGAAGUAUAUAUAUUUUAAUAACCAGGGGGUGAAGAAGAUGACUCGUUUUCGAAGUCCCGAGAUCUAAGUGUAUGUAUGCGGCAAGAGUAUGUGUGCGUGUAUAUAAUUUUUAUUUAUACAAUUGACUGAGCGCUCAUGGAGGUAGAUCUUAUUUUACUGUCGGAGCAUUUUGUGAAUGGGCAAACGGACCGACGUAUAUGGGUCAGGAAGUUGUUUACUCCUUCUUUUUAUUUAACGAUUAACAUAUUAUACAUUCCUUGUGUAUUUUGCCAUGAGCCGCGUUUUCAUCGAUUUAAUAAUCAUUGUCUUGUCAUAAUUAGCAACGUAUCAAACUGAUAAUAUUAAUAUUGUUAUUACUAUUUUUAUUGUAUUAUUUUUUAUUAUUACUAUUAACAAUUUCCCUAUUAUGAUUAUUUUAAUAAAAUAUUAAAGUUGUACACGACUCCCGAGAUGUUUGGCAGAAUUGUAUUUAGCAUGGGAACGAGAUGUAUUUAAGCGUAUAUCUUUGACGAACAAUAAAAAUAUGAGAUCGAUUUAAUAAGGAA